GGUUAAUUAACCGGAAAAUAAAAGUUGUUUAUCCAGUCUAAAUAUUAUCUCGUCUAUUUUUCCUCAUCUCGUCAACAUCAUCAUUUAAUCUUCAUCUUAAACAAUUUGUUAUUAAAAGUUCUUAUUCUUGUUUUUUCCUAGCAAUUGUUCUUUUUAUAGUUACACUCAUCAGUUUACUGUUUAUAUUUGGUCAUAACAAUAAGAAGAAUAUGGUUAAAGAAUCAAAGGAAAUUCGGAUUCCAAUUCCUUAUGGUUUCAUAGCUGCCAAAGUUUGGGGUAAUCAAGAAGAAGCCGAUUUAACAAUAAUUGCUUUACAUGGUUGGAUGGACAAUGCAUCAACAUUUGACCCUUUAAUUGAAAGCCUUGAAGGAAAUUAUCACAUCAUAGCUGUUGAUUUACCUGGACAUGGAUUAUCAUCUCAUUACCCACCAGGCGUUCCAUAUAGAAACAUUUCUUGGUUAAUUGAUCUAAGACGAAUUGUUAAUUUUUUCAACCUUGAUAAGAUUUCUUUUUUGGGACAUUCUAUGGGUGGAAAUGUGGCAUUAAUGUAUGCUUGCGUCUAUCCAGAAAAGGUGGAAAGGAUAAUCGCCUGUGACAUAUUCAAAGAGGCUACCUAUCCAGCUGAGUCAAUUGCUCAAGAAAUGGCUAACUCAAUUCAAAUAUUUCUUGAAAGUGAACAACGACCCAAAAUGACUAAACCCUACUCUUAUGAUGAUUGUAUUGAUAUUCUCAUCAGUACUCAUUACAAUGGAUCUUUGAACAAAAAGAUGGCUUCUUAUUUGUUAAAAAGGGCUGCUCGAGAAACACCCGAUGGUUACAUAUUCACCCGAGAUCCCCGAUUAACUGCUAUCGUACAUCAAAAAUAUGAUCUAAACACAUUGGUUCAACUUUACUCUAACGCUAAAUGCGAGAAAUUCAUUCUAUGUGGCAGCAGAGGUACAACUAAACUCGAUACACCAGAGGCUCAAGCAAUUCUAGAUGUUCACAAAUCAACUGGUUACUUCAAAUUAAUUAAAGUUAGUGGGGACCAUUAUCUUCAUUUAGCCUCUCCAAUCGAUUGUGCAAGGCAUAUAGACUCAUUCAUAAAAGAAUCUGUCCAGCGAACUAAGAAUUCCUCUACGAAUGGAUUUCCACUGACAGAGUCAAAAUCCAGUUAAACAUCAAUUUGACGAUAAAUUGGUUGAAAUGAUAUGCAUGUAUUACAUGUAUCAUUCUAAAGAAAUCAAAGUUUAAUAUAAUUUGUCAUCUGAAAUUUGAGCUUUUCAUAAAAUUGAGAAUAGUUUUGAAAGACUAAUGUUUGUUAAAAGAAAAUUUUGCGUAAUUUUUCGAUAAAUUUUCAUAUCCAAAAUUGUGAUGUAAAAAA